CUUGAUGGUGAUGGUGGUGUUGGCGGUGACGGUGACGGUGAAAAUGAUGGUGGUACUGGUGAUAUUGGAGGUGGUGAUGCUAGUGCUGGUGGAAGCAGUGGUGCUUCUGGUGGUGGCGGUGAAAGUGGUGGUGGUGGUGCUGGUGAAGGUGCAAGUGCUGGUGGAGGAGGUAGUGGUGGUGGUGGUAGCGCACCACGGUUCCGACGAUUUCCCACAUUUGGCUUUGGAGGUGGAGCUGGUGGUGUUGGUGGCACAUAA